CCAGCUCACGGCGCUGAUUGGCGGGCCUCGCUGUCCGUCACGGCCUCCCAGCAGGUUAGGCUGCGCGCAGCAGGUUGCAAAAGGAGUCCUGGAUUUCGCCGGCCGAGACGGAGUGCGUCUGUCUGUGUCAGGUGCGGGCUGCCAGCGCGGCGCGAAAGGACCCGCUGCCGCACGGCCGCGCAUCCCACCGACCCCAAGACGCCCCGAUAUCGAUAGAGUUAAAGAAGACGCAGGGUUUGCGAAGGUUUUCUUUCCCUCCCGCCCUGGGACCAUCAAGAGAAGGGGACCAUGGAGAGACUGCUCCUGAGUAUGUGCUGCUGGUUGCUGUCAUUGACUCUCUGCGCCAUAAGUCGAGGGGAGAAAGCAGGGGCAAACACUGGAGAUCUCCAGGCCGUCUCCACGCCCGUCGAGACCCUUCCCCGCUUCCAGGUUGAGCCAGAGAAUUCCUACAUUGUGAAGAACAACCCCAUUAAGCUCCGCUGCAAGGCAAUGCCUGCCAUGCAGAUUUUCUUCAAGUGCAACGGAGACUGGGUGCAUCAGGAUGAACACAUGCUGGAGGAAGACGUGGAUGAAAACACAGGGCUGAACGUGCAGGAGGUGCUGAUCAACGUGUCUCGGCAGCAAGUGGAAGAUUUCCACGGCCCGGAAGACUACUGGUGCCUCUGCGUGGCCUGGAGUGAGCUGGGGACUACGAAGAGCAGGAAGGCCACAGUCCGCAUCGCAUAUCUGAGAAAAAACUUUGAACAAGAUCCACAGGCAAAGGAGGUUCCUCUUGAAGGGAAGAUAAUCCUACAUUGUCGUCCGCCUGAGGGAGUUCCCUCAGCCAAGGUCGAGUGGUUGAAGAACGAGGUGCCGAUUGACCCACGGAGUGACCCGAACGUUUACACCACGGUGGAGCACAGUCUGAUCAUCGAGCAAGCGCAGCUCACCGAUGCAGGAAACUACACCUGCGUUGCCGAAAACGUGGUGGCCCGGAGACGAACUACAGCAGCCACACUGACCGUCUUUGUCAACGGUGCCUGGUCAACGUGGACAGAGUGGUCAGCGUGCAGCGUCCACUGUGGCCGUGGGUGGAAAAAGCGAACACGCACCUGCACCAGCCCAGCGCCGCUCAGCGGGGGAAGCUUUUGCGAAGGGACCUCAGUCCAGAAGAUUGGCUGUUCCUCUCUGUGCCCAGUGGACGGAGGCUGGGAGCCGUGGAGCGGGUGGUCGGCUUGCUCCUCCGACUGUGAGCACCAGAGGGUCCGCGCCUGUGUGGCCCCUGAACCGAGGUAUGGAGGACAGCCCUGCGAGGGGUUGGGCCAAGAGUCGGACAACUGCACCCAAGGCCUGUGCGUCCAGAAUCAACCACCCCUGCAGGAGGUACAACCUCAAAGUAUUGAGACCAACAGUGAUGUGGCGUUGUAUUCUGGACUGGGGGCGGCAGUGAUUGCAGUCGCUAUGCUCGUGGUGGGCAUCACAUUGUACCGGAGAAGUCAAAGUGAAUACGGUGUUGAUGUUAUUGACUCCUCAGCUCUGACCGGUGGCUUCCAGUCCUUCAACUUCAAGACAGUCAGACAGGGUAAUUCUCUGCUGCUGAACCCAUCGCUGCAGCAAGACCUGACGGUGAGCAGGACCUACAGUGGACCCAUCUGCUUCCAGGAGCCCAUGGGCAAGGAGCUCAUGAACCAGUCGCCCCUCUUUGACUCUCUGCCGGGGAUCAAGGUCAAGGUCCAGAGUUCUCUCAUGGUGUCGCUGGGGGUGGCUGACGGAGUGGAGUACCAGGGGAGGGUAUCGUCCCGCACCUACCCUCGUAACAGCAGGGUGGCUGACAAAAUGCACCACCCACGAAGCAACGCGUCGAGCUCUCAGCAUCUCCCCGCUGCCCUCGCUAGGGCCGGGGACCGGACCAGCGGUAUAUUCGGGUGCCUCGGAGGAUGUCUGGUGGGACCCGCCAAAGGAGUCCGUUUAAUGGUCCCUUUGGGAUCAAUUCCGGAGGGGAAUUCAUGGGAAAUGUACAUUGCAGUCAAUCAAGGCGAAACUAGCCUGCAACCAGAGGGAGGUGAGAUACUCCUGAGUCCGGAGGUCACCUGUGGACCACCAGGUUUAUCCUUGUCCACCCCAGUUGCUCUGACAGUCCCUCACUGUGCCAUGGUGUGCCCAGAACACUGGAGUAUAAAGCUCAAGAGGCAGGUCCUGACUGGAAAUUGGGAGGAAGUGAUGUCGCUCGAAGACGAGACCACGUCCUGUUACUGCCUGAUGGACCUACACUCCUGCCACAUCCUCCUGGAGCAACUGGGAACCUACGCCCUGGUGGGUGAGGCCCUCACGGGCUGCGCGGAGAAAAGGCUAAAACUGGCCGUAUUUGGCCACCUGUCCUGCAGCUCGUUGGAAUACGACCUCCGGGUGUAUUGCGUGGAUGAUAUCCCAAGUACGCUGCAGGAGGUGGUGACUGAAGAGAGAAACCAGGGAGGACAUUUGUUGGCUGAGCCCGGAACUAUACAUUUCAAAGCAAACUCGUAUGGCCUUCAGAUCUCCCUACUCGACAUGCCCCAGUUCUUGUGGAGAGUGAAACCGCUGACACUGUUUCAGCAGGAAAUUGCCUUUUCCCAAAUAUGGAGCAGGAGCCAGCAACCUCUGCCAUGUGCCUUCAGAGUGGAAAGAUUCAACUCAGCUACAACGCAGCUCUCUUGCAAGAUCUGCAUCCGACAGCUCAAAGGCGAUGAACUGUUCUUUCAGAUCAACACCUCCAUCCUUGAGGGUGAGAGAGAAGCUGUUCUCCUCUGUGCACAGGUUGCUGGUGGCGUGGCCGGUCUCACGGGCCCCAAGCCCUUUAAGAUUCCCUAUUCCAUCCGCCAGAAAAUCUGUUCCACCUUCGACAUUCCAAGCGCAACAGGCAAAGACUGGCGGCUGUUAGCACAGAAGCUCCACAUUGACAGGAACCUGAGCUACUUUGCAAUAAAGAGCAGCCCAGCGAGCACUAUCUUGGAUAUAUGGGAGGCACAACAUCAACAUGACAGAGACCUUGACUCCUUAGCUAGCGCUCUGGAGGAGAUCGGUAGGAUCCAGGGUCCCAACUCAAUGACACUGGAAGGCGACGGUGACGAGGCCGAUUACAACUAUGGUGGAUGAACCCCAGAGGCCAUUCGGCCCGACCUAUCCUGAGCAACCCUCUGCUCAGUCACAAUAUAGGAAAGAUUUCUCAGGAAAUGCUAAAGGUUUACUAUCCAAAUCUUUGGAUGUGUAUGUAAAUAGAAUUUAUUUGUAAAUAUUCAAGGUAGGGGUGCACCAAUUAUGAAUGGUCAGGUUGAGCCAACCCUCAGUGAGUUGGCCUGCUGCAAAAAACACAGACUGUGUCUCAGCUGGUGAAUUCCUUGGUGCGUUUCCAAGCCCAGUGUUACUCCAGUCGAUGUCUCCCAACUGCAGGCGGCACAGUGGUGGUAGCGGUGGAGUUACUGCCCCGCAGCGCCAGAGACCCGGGUUCGAUCCUGACUACGGGUGCUUGUCUGUACGGAGUUUGUACGUUCUCCCCGUGACCCGCGUGGGUUUUCUCCGGUUACCCUCCAAUUUGGCCAAAUUUCAUCCCCCCGCCCCCCGACCGAUCCCUAACCCCACCUACACACCGGGUGCCCAAGGACCAGAAGAGUGGGACUGAAGUGUUUCAGCAGAAUUUCAGAUAUUCAGGACUUGAACUAUUCAAAGAGGGGUUGCAACUCACGGCAACAGAGUAUUGUGCGCAGUUGUGGUCACUCCGUGGGAAGGAUGCCAUUCAGCUGGAGAAGGUGCAGAAAAGAUUCACAAGGAAUAGAUCGGGUAGACACACAGAGUCCAGAACCAGGGGCCACACAGUUUAAGAAUAUAAGCCAUUUAGAACGGAGAUGAGGAAACGCUUUUUCUCACAAAAAGUUGUGAGCCUGUGGAAUUCUCUGCCUCGGAGGGUGGUGGAGGCCGGUUCUCUGGAUGCUUUCAAGAGAGAGCUAGAUAAGGCUCGUAAAGAUAGUGGAUAUGGGGAGAAGGCAGGAACGGGGUACUGAUUGGGGAUGAUCAGCCAUGAUCACAUUGAAUGGCGGUGCUGGCUCGAAGGGCCGAAUGGCCUACUCCUGCACCUAUUGUCCACUGUUGCGCCACCUUGCUGCUCAGAGUUUUCUCAGACCCCAAUGACCACCCGACCAAGGGGACAUUUCUAAACCGGUCCCCCUUCAUUUUACAAUACUUGGACACAGACAACACAUGUUUGCCCACAAGGUCCUGAACUACAAAUAUUGCAAAGCCCCUUCUAUUCGUGCUGUUUUGCUUGCAAAGGCUCCGUUGCAAAGGCUCUGUUUAGUGGGCAGUCGCCUGGUGGUUAGCGCGGGUGUCAGGGGUUAAGGGGAGACGGCAGGAGAAUGGGGAGAGAACAGAGAGUUGGGUCAGCCAUAGACAGACACAAAAUGCUGGAGUAACUCAGCGGGACAGGUAGCAUCCCUGGAGAGAAUAGCAUAGAAUAGAAUGAAUAGAAUGCCUUUUUAUUGUCAUUCAAACAGACAAGGUUUGAACGAAAUUUCAUCCCUACAGUCAUGAUAUUACACAAAAAAAAAAAAACACACACUUAACACAAUUUACACAAACAUCCAUCACAGUGAAUCUCCCAACACCACCUCACUGUGAUGGAAGGCAAAGUCUUAUCUCUUCCCUUUGUUCUCCUCCCGCGGUCCAGAAGGAAUGGGUGAUGUUUCAGGUUGAGACCCUUCUUCAGACCCAAAAGGCCUCCUGUCCAUUCCCUCCAGAGGCUCUCUCUGACCCGAUGAGUUCCUCCAGCACUUUGGGUACUUGUCAGUACAGACUUUGUACGUCCUCUCCCUGUGAGCCUGUCAGCCACGAUUGAAUGGCGGAGUUGGGCCGAGUGGCCUCAUUCUACUCCUCUCACUUAUGAAGUUAGGAACGUGUGGAGAUAAUUGUUGCACCUUUACAAUGAAGUCAGUGUUCCAUCUUCCUCUCGCUCCUCGAUAGUGUCUUGUUCCCAUACUUCUGGUGCGAAUGUUCCUGCUGCAAUUCUUGAUGGGUUUUUGUACGCUAUUUACUAAACGCCGCCAUUCUGCCAGCAACCAGCAAAGACCGACUCCUCCCAGAAGCAACAUUUUCACAGAUUGUUGGAUCCCUGUGUGUUUAUUUUUGCGUACAAAUCAUUAAAUUCCUGUGGUUCUUGA